AGGAGCUUCAUAGCUCAAACAGACGUAACUUUAAAUUCUAAAUAUAUUCAUGUCCCACCAAAUUAUAUAUUAUUUUUAAUUUAUGUAUAAGCUCACCCAACCAUUUUUAUUAGUUAUUUUUCUUUACAUAAUAAAAGAGUUACAAUACAAUUUCACCAGAAUCUACUAUCUCAAAUUUAAGAUACACAAGUUUAGUUCAAUUUAUUAAUAUUAUAGAUUUAAUUACAUUUUAAGCAAAUUUAUCAUUGUAUUUUUUUAAUUCUCUAUUUCUCUAAAACUCAAUUUCUGUCUUUCAAACUUUGCUAAACAAUUUAAAUAUAUAGAGAAUAAAUUAAAAAGACAUAAUCCGCGCGUAGCGCGGACAAUCGAUCUAGUUAAUUUAAUUAGGCACAAUAGUUCAAUAUAUAUGAGUUUUGAACCCAUAUAUACCUAACUGAGUUUUCAAGUAAUUCCAUAUGUUUUAGAGAAAGUUAGAUAUUUUUUGCCAAUAUAAACGUCUACAAUGACUAGAAGCACAUGAUUCAAACUAGAGCAAAUUAAGAAAAAAAUAUCACCACUAUAAUUCAACCACCAAUAUUAAAUUAAAUUCGUUUUUAUUUUCUUUUUUGUUGCAAAUUAUCAAGAAUUGUCGAAUUUUCUCCCAAACAUCAAAAUUAUACGAGUUUCUUAUUUUAUUUUAUUUCAAAUGUGUUCUAAAUUUUCAUCUACAUAUAUAUGCCUAUUUUACGGGCAGCUGUAUGAAGUCAGGUACCCAGUUGAUCACCAGCUUUCAACUAUCUAAUCAAUAUAUUAGUAAUAAUUUAGUUAUUAUUAUUAUAAGAAAAAUAAAAUAAAAGUAGUGGUCUUGACUCUUCACAACAACAAAGACUAUGCUUACAAUUUUUCUUAGCCUAACAUGCCACCGAUGAAUGCACAUUAUCCUAUAAACACCGGCCAUUGCAUGUCGCCUCCUAAUUAUGAUCCGUCUUAUGUCUACGAAUCAUUAUUUUCAUGAUAAACUUAUAUAUUAAACAACUAAUCAAAUGUUUUUAGUAGUCGUCACAACCAUUAGUCGUCACAACCAUUAACAAUAUGUAUAUACUUAUUACAUGCUGUCGUGAACAUUUUUGUGUAUAGUUCUAUCCAUUUUCGGUUCUCAUUGAAAGCGUCGAUUUGAUGACGUGGAUCUAAAGUGCGUGAAAGUAAAACCUUUGCUUGUUGAUAGAACUGAAUGUUCACACUAACAUAAACAAAACAAAAACGUGAAUUGGUGGCCUAAGUGCCACUCAACACUACUCUAAUGAACCUUUGCCUAACCCUUCACGGGUUUCACUUUCCUUUUUUUUUGUACUUUUUGCUUUGAAUAAAAUAAAACAAUUUGGAAUUAGUACGUUAAUCAUAAUAAUACAUCUCUGUUAUUUAUGCAACUAAGAAUUAUGAUACAAGAUCUAACAAUUAGAUUAAUCGAAGCAAUAUAUAAUAUAAAUAUGCUUGUUCUUUGAAAAUAUGCACUAGAAGAAGCUGUCUAAUUUAAUACAAAUAAAAAUAAACGUCAUGGAGGGUUGACUUCUGGUACAUAGAUCUAUGUGAAGAUAAUAGUUGGAAACUUGGAAGAUAUGGACUAAAAGUAGAUACAACAAAACAUAAACUAGAAAAAAAGAGAUUUUUAUUAUUUUGCCAUCACCAUGAAUAAAAGUUUAGUUGAUUUCAUUUUUGAAGGAAUUUGGCAGAGAAAUGCAGAAGUGUCAGGUCAUAUGUACUGCAGAGUGAACCGUCAAAAUGUUAUUUGGUUGUUUUGGAAAUAUUAUAAUAAUGAAAAAGUGGAUCAAUAUAUGCAUAAAAUUUCGUGGAGUAAACCAAAAAGAUUAACAACCACCAACCUUAUAACCUCUCCCUUUGUAUAUAUAAAUAAGCAGCCCCACCAUCGUCUUCCACACUGCCUCUCUUCUCUCUCUUGUUGGUUCACUCCACAUAAUAAACACCAAAAAACGAAUUUCUUCUAUUUCUUGAAUUAGGUUUGUUUUUUGAUUGAGUUAUUGAGUUCUUGAAUCGGGCUGUCUUCUCUUGUUUACUAUAUUUGGUGUUAAUAAUCAUGAUGAGUCAAGAUCAUGUUGGUAGUGACCAGACGCAAAUCAUAAAGGGUAAGCGUACGAAGCGACAGAGAUCAUCGUCGUCGACCUUUUUGGUGGCGGCCGCAGCGGCUACCACCAACACCUCUUCAAGCUCAUCAGCCGGGGAUGGCGGCGGAGGGAGAGCAGUUUCCGAUGAAUACAACUCGGCGGUUUCGUCUCCAGUGACCACAACUGAUUGUACCGAAGAAGAGGAAGACAUGGCGAUUUGUCUCAUCAUGCUUGCGCGCGGAGCGGCUCUUUCGCCAGAUCUCAAGAAUUCGAGAAAAGCUGAUAAAACUCUUUCGUCGGCAGAGAAUUCGAGUUUCUUUGUCUACGAGUGUAAAACAUGUAGCCGGACGUUCUCGUCGUUCCAAGCUCUCGGUGGACACAGGGCGAGCCACAAGAAACCUAGAGUGUCGAUAGAGGCAAAGACUAAACUACCCCUGAUGCAGGCCAAGUCUAGUGGGUCAGAGGAAGGGCAAAAAAGUAAUUUCAAAGUGUUUGGUUCAUCCCUAGCUUCGCUGUCAAGUAACAUCAUCAUCAGCAAGGCAAACAAAGUACACGAGUGUUCGAUCUGCGGUUCAGAGUUCACUUCGGGACAAGCCCUCGGCGGCCACAUGAGGCGGCACAGGACAGCCACCACUGCGGUAAUACCGGUCUCUACGACGGAAGUUAGCAGAAACAGUACAGAAGAGGAGACUGAGAAUUUGAGCUCUUACAUUGAGCAGAGGAAAUAUUUACCGCUGGAUCUUAAUCUACCGGCACCAGAAGAUGAUCUAAGAGAGUCCAAGUUUCAAGGGAUUGUGUUCUCAACCACACCAGCGUUAAUAGAUUGUCAUUACUAGUUGUUUGUAGUUGAAUGUUUAGUUACAUGAUAAUAUAUUUGUAAAUUCUUCUUCUAUUACUAUAUUGUUGAACUGGAAUUAUUUCCAAAAAAUGAUUCAAAGUAUCAGUUGAUUUUUUUUUAAUAGGAGGAAAAUGAAAUGUACAAGUUAUAAUGAAAAAGAAGGAAUAAUAGUAGGAGUUAAGUAAAGGGUUGUGUGAUAGUUAGAUGAUCUACUUGUUGAAGUAAGAAUAGUUUGAGUAAGCAAGUGGUUUGUGUUCAUGGUUGCCUUUCAUUCACGAAAAGCAAGCGACUUCCAAGGCAUCUUUUCUUUCCCUCUUUUUAAGGUAUAUUUUAUUAUUCUUCUAAACAAAAAUACAAAUUAUGAGUUUUUUUGUAACAUGUGAACCAAGCAUUGUAUUGCUUGUAGACGCCUCUUUCCCCCCCACGAUUACGCAGCCAGCGCUAUAUUGUGUUCUACUACUUCAAACAAAAUCUGUUAUGGCAUAAAAAUUUAUAGAAAAUCUAGAGAAAUAGAGGCAUAAACAUUAUAAAAUACAUAUAAAGCACUUUGAAUGUUUUAGUUGAAAAUAAUAUUUAAUAAAUCUUAUUUUCAUUUGAUAUUUGACUUAUAGGUACCCGAUUAUAAAAUAAGCACUUUAAAACAUACCAACUAUUUUUUUUUUUUUUGUAAAUAGUGAUGUCCCUGUUAUGACAUUAUGUAUAAGAAGCCCAACGCUAUAUUCCAUCUUUCCCAUUUCAUAAUUUUAUGGUAUAAAUAUAUUCAUACACUAAAUAGCAUUUGAAAUCAUAUUCUUAUGUUAGUCACCUAAUAUACAAAAGUAUUAUUCACCUAAGAUAAUCUGACAAAGUACAAAAUAAACCUCAUUUUCGAGAUUCCAAAAUUAGUUUGAGAUUUUUCUCAAAAAAGAAAAAAGUUUGAGAAUCAAGUUAUGAUUAACUCAGUCACAAUAUUUAAAAGGGUAAUUAUUUAGUAAUGAAUAAAAAUAAUAAUGUCUCAUUUUGAAUUUGUGCUAUGAUAAACAAUACUAUUUUUCCAGCUCCUUUUCAUAACAAGCAAUUUGUAAAUAAGCAUACAUAUAUAAUCCAUUUAUAUAAGUUGGUUAAAUAAUCAGGAAAAUGUUAUAUAUACACACAAUGAAUUUAAGAAACAGAAAAGUAGUGUGGACUGUGGACACGAGAUGGACGUGGUGACCGGCUUAGGACGUGUAUUAGGUUCCCCGGCCCUUUGGUUUUGGGUUGUUGGUCAUCACAUUUACAAUUUAUCAUAUAUGAAUUAUUUUAAUCAAUUAUAACGGACUAACAAUUAUUAUAACAUAACAGAAAGUAGAAACUAAUAAUUAGAAGAAAAAAAAGAAGAUAAACAGUGACGGCAGAAACAGUCACAACUCACAAGAUUCACUCACCGCUUCACUCCUUGCUUCCAAUGCUCCUCUAAUAAAUCUUUUAUUGCAGUUGCAUUUACGAUUCAACGUUAUUAUUGAAAUAAAAUGUAUUAACAUAUUCUUGUUCUCGCACGAUGUUAUUUUGUCGAUUAAACUAUCUUUCUACAAAUUUAUUUUACAGAUUAGUGAAAAACUUAUAGAGCUCCAAGCCUACAAUGUAUAGGAUUAAUAAAAUCUGAAUGUAGUUUUCUUCGCUUUCAUCCUCAAAAUCACCAAGUGAAAGUCAUAUGUAUGUAACUACAUAAGCAAUAAAAAGAUGACCAAUAUACUAAGCCAAAAGAGACUAGAACAAUAAGUUUUUUUUUUUACAGUAGACUGAUAUAUUUGUUUUACCGAUCCAGGAGUCCUAUACAUCAAUAGUUCUUAAUGUGUACGAGUCAAAAACUUUUGUUAACCACGUUUGGUAAAACAUAUACUAAACAAGGUUAAUAAAAUUGAAAUGGACUACAUCCAUCGACAAGCCCGCAACAAGGCCCAAAAAUGUAAUUGAACUCGGUAUAGUUAAGAAGAGAGGCGGUCGAGCUUAAGAGAAAAAGAAAGAAAUCGGCGAGUUCAGCUAUAAAUACAGUGGAACUAGCAAAGAGAAGACAUUCACAAAAGCAUAGAAGCCGGCACAAGAAUUAAGGUUUUCGUGGUUGCACUUUCUUCUUGAAGAAUUCAUAAUUCUCUUACAAUUUCAUUAUCUUUUUCCUUGUAAAUCGAUAUUUGAUCUCUAAAAAAAAAUAUUUUUCACAUAAUCCAUUAUAAAGUUAAUUGGCUGAAUAAACACAAAAGAAGAAAAAAAAUAAAGUAACUAUAUAAUAAAGUGGUCGGUCAAGUGGCAAUUUCGCUAAAAAUGGACCAUUUAUCUCUUUUUCACGGGUGACAGUGCAACAAACAUGAUGUGUACAAAAGAAUUGAUUUAUUGUUACAUUAUAACGAAAAUGUAACAAAUAUUUUUAUAUUUUUCUAUUCUAUAGGUCUCUAAUAGAAUAUUACAUAAAAAUUGUAAUAGUAAAUUUUUUUGAUUAUUUUUAUUCACUAUCAGUGGAAAAAAUGUGUGUAUGAAAACAGUAAAAGAAGGAAAAUCAAACCACCACAAAAAUUAAAUGGAUGAGAAAAAA